AGAAUCUUAGAUCUCAUAAAAUCAAGGAAAUUUUGAUUCCUCCUGAUGUGACUUUAAUAAAACGCAUCAGUCCCAUCAGAAUUCCACUGUGAAGCCUUCAGUGUCAGAUGAACGACCUCAGUGCUUUAAUUUUACACAAGCCUUCCACUGAAAAGACUUGAGGCAAAUGUUUUACCAAUUUUCAGAGGGAGGUUUGUACAGUAAUUUGCAUUCAGUCCCCCACUUGUAUAUGUGGUUGAAUAACAUUUUUGACUGAAAGAGAAGAGAGGUCACUGAAGUGAACGAGUGUUUUGAUGUGUGCCACCCCUCUCAUGGGUAUUUGAGCAACACAAAUCCGGACUAAUCUUUCUCACAUGUCAGAAUGGGAGGUGGUAGAAGAAUGGCAGGAAUGAUUAAGAGAUAUAAUUCUUCUGUGCUCUGCUCUCAGUGAAGGGCCGGAGGUGGAUGGAGUUGAGUAUGGAGGAACAGAGGGCAUAUGUCAUGAGACUGCUGGAUGCUCUGGAGGUCACCGAUCGAGACAAGAGACUCAAAGUAGCCCGAGCCAUCCUCUAUUUGGCACAAGGUGUGUUUGAUGAGUGCGACACAGAAACUGAUGUCCUCUACUGGUCCCGACACAACGUCUUCCUCCUCUACGACAUGGGUAUCUUCACGGCUCUGCUGGAGCUCCUCAGCAUGGAAAUAGAUAAUAACCAGGCAUGCAGCAGUGCGGUGAGAAAACCAGCCAUUUCUCUGGCAGACAGCACUGAACUCAGGGUUCUUCUGAGCAUCAUGUAUCUGAUGGUUGAGACCAUUCGUGUGGAAAUGGAGGGUGACAGUCCUGAGAGGAAGGCAGCCAGAGAGGCCUUCAAAACAGAGUUGGGUUCACCCCUUUAUAACGGAGAGCCCUUUGCCCUCCUCCUCUUCACCAUGGUAACCAAGUUCUGCAGCAUGAAUGCGCCCCAUUUCCCAAUGAAGAAAGUGCUGCUCUUACUGUGGAAGACCAUACUGUUCACUCUGGGAGGUUUCGAGGAGCUGCAGGAGAUGAAGGUGAGAAUGAGAGAACUUUUGAGCCUGCCACCGCUCCCUGAGGACAGCAUUAAGGUGGUGCGAAACAUGCGGGCCGCAUCUCCUCCUGCCUCGGCCAUGGAGCUCAUCGAGCAACAGCAGCAGCAGAAGAGAGGACGCAGGAGUCGUCGGCCCCUGGUCAAGCAGGACAGCCUAGACACUUACAACGAACGGGACCCUUUCAAAAACGAUGAUGCACGGGAUGAGGAAGAUGACCCAGAGGAUGUGGACAGUGGCAUCGAGGGAGAGGUCGACCCUCUCGACAGAGAUGUUAUUAUCCAACCGCCACCACCACCACCACCACUGCGGCCGCCAACGGAGAGAGUGUCCUUCCCCAAGGGACUGCCAUGGGCUCCCAAAGUCAGAGAGAAAGACAUCGAGCACUUUCUGGAGACCAGCAGAAAUAAAUUUAUCGGCUUUACCUUGGGAAAUGACACUGACACUUUGGUUGGGCUACCCAGGCCCAUACAUGAGAGUGUAAAGACUUUGAAACAGCACAAGUAUGUCUCCAUAGCGGAGGUCCAGAUCAAGAGAGAGGAGGAGCUGCAGCAGUGUCCCAUGACUAUGGGGGAGGAGGAGGUGGAGGAAACACCUGCAGAGAUUCUAUAUUUGGGAAUGUUGCCUAGUCUCUCUCAGUAUGUAAUUGCUCUACUGAAGCUGCUUCUGGCUGCAGCUCCAACCUCCAAAGCAAAGACAGACUCUAUCAACAUCCUAGCUGACGUUCUGCCGGAGGAGAUGCCAAUCACCGUCCUCCAGAGCAUGAAGCUGGGCAUUGAUGUGAACAGACACAAGGAGAUUAUCGUCAAAGCGAUUGCAGCUCUCCUGCUACUGCUGCUCAAACACUUCAAACUCAACCACAUAUACCAGUUUGAAUAUGUGGCUCAGCACCUGGUGUUUGCCAACUGCAUCCCGCUCAUCCUCAAAUUCUUCAACCAGAACAUUAUGUCUUACAUCAGUGCCAAAAACAGCAUUUGUGCCCUGGAUUUCCCUCAUUGUGUGGUUCAUGAAAUGCCUGAACUCACAGCUGAAAGCCUGGAAGCUGGUGACAGUAAUCAGUUUUGCUGGCGUAAUCUCUUCUCCUGCAUCAACUUACUGAGGAUCCUAAACAAAAUUACCAAGUGGAAACACUCAAGAACUAUGAUGCUGGUGGUGUUCAAGUCUGCUCCCAUCCUGAAGAGGGCGCUCAAGGUCAAACAGGCCAUGAUGCAGCUCUACGUCCUCAAACUCCUCAAGAUACAGACCAAGUAUCUGGGCCGCCAGUGGAGAAAGAGUAACAUGAAAACCAUGUCUGCCAUCUACCAGAAAGUCAGACAUCGUCUCAAUGACGACUGGGCGUAUGGGAAUGAUAUCGAUGCUCGGCCGUGGGAUUUCCAGGCGGAGGAGUGCGCACUACGCGAGAGCAUUGAGAAAUUCAAUAUGCGUCGUUACGAUAAGAAUCAGAACAGUGAGUUUACACCUGUAGACAACUGCCUUCAAAGCGUUUUAGGCCAGCGCGUCGACUUGCCCGAAGACUUCCAUUACAGCUAUGAGAUGUGGCUUGAAAGAGAGGUUUUCUCCCAACCUAUUCAGUGGGAAGGUCUGCUACAAGCCCAGUGAUCCUGUUGUGAUUAUUAUGGGACUUUUGUUUCUUAUUAAACCGACACAAUUACUGUGGGAUCACGCAAAUACUCAAAGCACUGAGGGUCUGCCGUUCCUGUUCUGUAAUGAAUUCUUGUAAAUCGAGAUGUGUGUGUGUAUAUGUGAAUAUGGAAUGGUGGUCUUCCUUAUUCUGUGUAAAAGCAUCUGGUGCUUUGGGUAAAAAUACAAAUAUAUCUGUAUAUGGAAUGAAAGAGUGAUAUCUUCUCUAAUAACUGAAGCACAAUUUAUGUAUAAUAACUGCACAAUACAGUAUUCUAACAUAUAUACUAUUCUGAAAUGAUCAAGAUUUAUUUAUAUGGUCACUCGGUGUGUCUAACUGUGGAAAUGUUUAAUAUUUAUGUAAAUAUGAGCACUUCAUGAGGUUAUGAGGUAGCACCUGUGGCGGGGUCUUUCUCAAAAAGUGCUUGCGUGGAGUUGAUGUGUUAAAAAUUCAUUUAUGUAUUUAUUUUUCCCUGUAGCAUCAUGUGUUAAACAGGAGGGUGUCUAUGUUCUCGAGAAAGCAGUGAGUCACCACUUUUUGUCUCCACGUAGCACUGCACAUCACACAAAAGACCCCUGAGCAGCACAAUACACACAUUCAAAGUGUCCUUGGUGACUGUACCGUCACCCACACUAAGCAUGUCGCUCACUAAAUGGUGCUGUUUUUUACACUUUGUUUGAUCUCCUUGCUAACUGCGUCAUUCUCUUCUGAGAUUAUAUAAAAAAUUUGUGCUCUCUCCAUCAAAACAGUGUCAUAUACGGCACCUCACUGUUCAUUCAUGCUUGUUUCACAGGGUUUGUCUUGCAAUAUAAUUUUUUAUAUUCUCAUUGUUUUGUACUAAAUUAAGGUGCUGUGUAAAUGAAACUACCUAUGAUGAUCCAUGCCAAAUACAGCACCAUUACUUUUUUUUUUAUAUGUACACUUUGUUGUACAGACUGCACUGUAAGUGAAUGUGGAAAAUUGAUGUAAGAGUCUUUAAAAAUUAUAAAGAGAGUU